AUGUACCAGGUCAUCUCAUCCCCUAUCGUGGCGGCACCUCAGAGCAACUAUGUGCUCAAGAUGCUGCACAACCAAAAGACGCUUUACGUACCUCAGAAUGGCAAGAAGUCAACGCACGAGGUGUCGGACACAAAAGAAGAUAUGAUGGAGAUCUUCCAUUCUGAUGCCAGUGGCGCCGCAAGAGAGCUCAAAAAGCUCAUGGGUCGUCGAAACUACGUUGCCUUUGUUUCAUACGAUCAGGACGCAGCGGCAGCAGUGCCCCAGACACCGUUCAGCCCUAACCCCAGCCUGACUGGCUCACAACAGGGCCUGUCCAAGGUGAGCCUGGCCGUCGACUUUGUGGUUCAGGGUGACGGAGCGUUCACGGCACCAACUAAAUAUGGCCCUGUCAUCAUCCCUCAUUUGGAAUAUGGACGAUGA